AUGAGCAAGUUCCCAGACCCAUAUCAUCAUCAUCACGAAUCACUCACUUCGCAAAGCAUGGCCAACGACAUUACAUUUCCGGAGUUCCUCUGCCUCAGCAGGAUAACAUUCGAAUGGGCCGAUAGCUACGACAGUAAGGACUUCACCCGGCUCGCUGCAAUCCUGGCCCCGGAAGUCACAUUGGACUACUCGGAGGCAUUCGGGCAGAAGCCGGUUACGAUGAGCAAGGAGGCGUUUCUGCAGCUGUCGAGCAGCGAGGACAGGUUGGGUGGGAUAGUCGAUUGUAUUCAUCAUAUCGGUGGGUCGAAAUUCGAUCGCACGGGGCCGGAUAGUGUGACUGGAUUCCAUCAGGUGCGAACGGAGUACAAGCGGUUCAAGACGAUGGACAAGAAGGAAGUCGAAGCUUCAGGUCAGGGUUUGACACUCAUGGUGCAUUGGUACAAAAAGGUCGACGGGGAAUGGAAGCUCGCGGGAACGAAACCUGGAGGCAGGAUGAAUGAAUUCAACUUUGACAAGAUAUUCACACAAAAGCCCCAACAAGCAAAGAUCUAA